AUGCUGUCUCUGAGAGACACCUGUCUGCAUCCAACAUCCAAUAAGCCAUAUAUCGUUUCCUCAUCAGGCGGAGUAGACAACAGUCCAGAAGGAGCCCAGGGAGGAUUCACUCAUGGGUUCGUCGUCGAGUUCGCAUCGAAAGGGGACCGAGACUAUUAUGUUGCUCACGAUCCAGUCCAUCAAGCAUUCGUCAAGAAAAACGGGCCCAGGUUCGACGAUGUUCGAGUAAUUGACUAUGAAAAAGGUGUAUACUAG